CCAAAAGUAAAGUCAAAUUACCUUGCAUUAUCUGGAUUUCUUAUCGAAAAACUCUUAGUAAUGAAUCGCAAGGCAAAAUUAAUGAUCUUAAAUCAUCUGGACUCAGAAUCUGUAACUAUCAAGAUGAACCAAACUUAUCUGUAGAUAAAUGGGAUAUUAUUAUAGUCCAAAGUGGUACAAAUGCACAAGAAUCUGAAAACACAAUGCGUGAUAUAUUAAAAAUGACCCAGCAUGUAUUAGCAAUAGAUGCCUUUGCGAAUGCAUCAACUCUAACCUUUCUCAAAGCUUAUUGCAGUGAAAAUAUUCGAGUGAUUGAUAAUAAAUUUCAGCCUCUUGUAGAUAAAACUGUUGAGUAUCUUUAUGAUCCAAAUAGCGGGGCUGAAGCUAUGCGAAUAGGAUAUGAGUUAUUACAGCAAGGCAAGCGCGAUGAGCUUGAUUGCGUAGCCUAUACAAGUACAGUAGAAGCUGGUAUUUCUUUCGAAAAAACUAAUCACUUUGAUGCAGUUAUAGGCAUUACAAAUAUUACAACUCCGGUUAAUGUCGAAGCAUUUAUCCAGAUGAUUGAUCUUUUUUGCCCACCAGGUUACGAAAAUAUUUGUGUUGAGCUUGAGAGUGCUCGGCUUAAUAAUUUGCCUACAGCAAUAAGGGGGUAUCGUGAAUGGGAUAAAAAUAUUGUAUCAUAUAAACUUGAUCAAUCACCUGCCGUAAUAUCAUACCUUGAAGUUGAACAUCAAAAACGUUUUUCUGCAAGAAAUUUUAUUGAAAUAUCAUGCAGUCUUAUAGCUAGUACAGGUGCUUCUCUUCAACUUAUAAAAAUGGAUGAAAGCCGAGGUGUUAUAGGGAAUCACAAAAAGAUCUGUAAUGAGGUUAGAGUUGAAGCAUUAGUUAUCAAGGAAUCUGAUUUUGAUGCGGUUGCUACUUCCCAGAAUCUCAGUCCUGAAGAAGCCGAAAUUCUUAAGUUUGAUUAA